AUGAGACUCAUCUUUCAAACAUGUUCAGUGAUCUUCAUUCUGGGCAACCUGGUGGCUUCUCAGUCACAAUCUCCUGGUUGGAAAGAUGCCAUCAGCACCACAAUAAUCAACUUCAAUAAUGAGAAGAUGCAGAUCACAUGGGCAGCAAAGGAACUAUUUCCCGUUGAGAAUGUGUCAUUUUCUUAUACAUUUGAUGAGGGCAAGCAUAAAGUUUGGAAGCCAUGUCCCACCUAUUUAUUGGAUCAAGAUUAUAAUUCUGGAUGUCUUUUUAAGACAGAAGGACCCACCCUUGCCAUCUCUAUCAGGAAUAGCAAUGGAAGUGAAGAGCUUUUUUCUAAAAGACUAAAAUCUGAUUUUUAUAUAAAGCCCAACCGACCAGAAAACGUGACCUUCUUCUGGAAAGAAGACACCGUUACUGUAAGCUGUAAUAAACCAGAGAGAGCUGUGAAGUGCUUGAGACUUGAGCUUCAAUACAAAAGCAAGUUUGACAAAGACUGGCAAUCCAGAACUUCUAAGUGUUGCAGUGUUGGAGAGCAAGGCUUUGAUCCGAGGAAAUGCUAUUCUUUCCGGGUCAGACUGAAGAGGCUAGUACCCUACUGCAACGUAGUUAAUUACAGCAGUGACUGGGAAGCAGAAACAUUUUGGAUGAAUGGCACAUUAUUAGAUUCAUGUGAUGAUGAUACAAAAUCUCAGUCACACACAGUAAUUGUUUUAAGUUGUUUGUUGGCAGUACUUCUAAUGAUACUUAUCCUCUUGAUUCUUCUGUGUAAAUGGCAGAGGCUUCAAAAGUCAGUCAUGCCUGCUAUACCAGAUCCAAAAUACAUAUUUGCUGAUCUCUUCAAUGAUCAUAAUGGAAACUUCCAGGAAUGGAUAGACAAAACUGGUCAUGCAAUGGUACAAACCAAGCUAGAAUAUGAAGAGCCAGAGGGCAUCAUUGAGGCAGAAAGCCAGCAAGAAAAUGAGAAGAAUAGUGACAAACAGGGGCCUCAAGAAAAAAUCAUCAGUUUUUCAAGAGCAGCUGAAAAUAAUGACCCCAAAGCAGCUCAGAUUGCCUGUCUGAUGCCAACAUCCAACACUAUAGCUUCUUUUGCUGGCUUCCAGAUUUUAAUGAAUGAUGACAUGUAUGUGAUGUUAUAA